AUGUCCUCCCGCUCCCUCUUCCACCUCGCCUACCACGUGCGCUCCCUCGCGACCUCGCGCGCCUUCUACAAGGACGUGCUCGGGUGCAAGGAGGGCCGGUCGACCGACACCUGGGUCGACUUUGACUUCUUCGGGCACCAGAUCUCGCUGCACCUCGGCGAGCCCUUCAAGACGACCAACACGGGCAAGGUCGGCGACCACUGGGUGCCCAUGCCGCAUCUCGGCGCCGUGCUGCUCCUGCCAGACUGGCAGGCGCUCGCGGAGCGCCUCAAGGCCGCCAACACCGAGUUUGUCAUGGAGCCGCAGGUCCGCUUCGAGGGCCAGCCCGGCGAGCAGUGGACCAUGUUCUUCCGCGACCCCAGCGGCAACCCCAUCGAGAUCAAGGGCUUCAAGUCGUUCGAGUCGGUGUACGAUGCCUAA